AUGGCUCAAAACGCUGCAAAUGAAUUUUCUAAAAAAUUGUCGAAUGUUAUACUUGAGGGAAAUCUUACCCCUGAACAAGUCUACAAUUUAGAUGAAACAGGUAUAAAUUUCAAACUUCUUCCGGACAGAAUGCUAGCAACACCACAAGAAACAACCGCUGCCGGUUUUAAAACGAAUAAAGAGAGAAUCACUGUAGCUUUUUGUACAAAUGCUGCUGGGAGUCACAAACUUCCUCUCUUUGUUAUAGGGAAAUCAGCUAAACCAAGAGCAUUUAAAAACAUAAAUAUCAAUGCUUUACCAGUUUAUUACAAAGCUCAAAAGUCAGUUUGGAUGAAUUCCUUUCUAUUUGAAGAAUGGUUCUUCUUUCUUUUAACACAUUUAAAAUUGCCACUUAAGGCUCUUCUCCUUGACAAUGUUCCAAGCCAUCGAAUCAAUCUUUCAACUGGUGACAUCAAGGUUAUAUUUUUACCACCUGCUGUUACAUCUUUGGUCCAACCUAUGGACCAAGGUGUAAUAAUUAGUUUGAAAAGACGUUAUAGAAAAAAGCUUCUAACAGAAAUACUUGAAAUACAUAAUCAGGAAACGGGACUUAUGGAAGCUCUUAAAAAAAUUAAUAUCAAGGAUGUGAUUUACAUGUUGGCAUCUGCUUUUGAAGAAAUGCCACUAUCAACAUUUGUCAAAUCGUGGAGAAAACUAUGGCCCGAUGUUGAAAAAUUAACUGGUCAGUCCAAUCUGGAGAAAAAGCCGUGUGCCGAGGAUCUAACAGAUCAUAGCAAUAUUGCCCUACUUAAUGAUUUUAACCCUUGA